AUGGUAGCUAGAACUGAAUGGCUAAACGUUUCGAUUAAAUUUCAUAGCAAAUGGGGAUUUCCUCAUGCGCUCGGCGCAAUCGAUGGCAAACACGUUGCCAUCAAUCCAUCAACCAAUCGUGUUUUCAAUCAGCGCCAUUCUAGGGCUCGCCAAUGCCUUGAGUCCCCCUUUGGAUCACUGCUCGGUAUUACCUUCGAAGGGGAGGCUGGACAUGGUAGUCCCACUCGUGCCCAUGCGGACACGCUCGCUUAA